ACGCUAGUGGUUUUAACGUCUUCUGCUUGUACUUUAUUUGUCGUGAUAAAACGAUAGAGCUUUCUCUCAUUGUAACAUUGUAAUUUUUAUAUUGUAAUUAAAAUGUCUCUUCGAAUCCUGGUCGGCGUUAAACGUGUUAUCGACUAUGCUGUCAAGAUCCGAGUCAAGCCCGACAAAUCGGGAGUCAUUACGGAGGGAGUGAAGCACUCAAUGAACCCCUUCGACGAGAUUGCCAUUGAAGAAGCUGUACGUAUGAAAGAAAAGAAGAUAGCCAAAGAAAUUGUGGCUUUCUCCUGUGGUCCAGCUCAGUGCCAGGAAACACUGAGGACUGCUCUUGCCAUGGGCGCAGAUAGAGGCAUACAUGUAGAGGUUGCAGGACCACAGUUUGAUACUCUGCAACCAUUGCACAUUUCCAAGAUGUUGGCCCAACUCGCAAAAGAUGAACAGAUUGACCUAAUUAUUCUUGGAAAACAGGCCAUUGAUGAUGACUGCAAUCAAACAGCCCAGAUGACAGCUGCUCUUCUAGAUUGGCCUCAAGCCACUUCUGCUUCCAAGAUUGAAGCCAAGGAUGGCAGCUUGCAGGUGGUACGUGAGAUCGACGGGGGGCUCGAGACAAUUAAGGUGAAAUUACCAACUGUCGUCAGCGCCGACUUGCGUCUGAAUGAGCCUCGCUACGCAACUCUCCCCAACAUCAUGAAAGCCAAGAAGAAGCCCAUUAAGAAACUGACGCCUAAGGAUUUAGGCGUCGACGUCAGCCCAAGAAUUGAAGUAGUCACGGUCGAGGAACCACCCGUGCGGCUUGCAGGUGCCAAGGUCGAGAACGUCGACAUGAUGGUGGAAAAACUCAAAGCCCUCGGCCAUGCUUAAUUUGCAGGGGGAAUUGCAAUGAGCAUUGAAGAAAACCUGGACUUGCCCUUCUGGUUUCUGCCCAUUUGUAGUUUGGCUUUUAUCAAUGCAAAAAUCAAGUUAAAAAGAUUACGCUAUUACGGAAGAGAAUACAAAAACUUAUUAUACUUA